AUGGACGACUCCGCGAUGAAAACGCUGGUGAAGUCGCUCUUGAUGUGCAGCGUGUUCGACGGUCUGCAGCCUCAGUCCGCCGAGCUCAAGGUGUUCGAUUUCAAAGGUGGUGCGAUUGAAAUGAAAACGAUCCACUGGAACGGAACGAUUGAAAAGUAAGUUGGGGACGGUCUUUGUGCUUGUUUUUCAGGGACUCGGCUCAGUUUAGAAGGUUUUGUUAGGUUCGGCUGAAGAUUUACAGCGUUUUGGUUCAUUUUAUUCUGAAAACGUUUCUUUCGACCUGCGCCGGACCAUGAAUUGUGUUUCAUGCAAUUGCCACUCCGUAAAGUUUUUCAAUUUUUAGCAGGCUGCAGUGCAACUUUACGGAGUUAAUUUGACAGUUUAACCUUUUAGGCAAAGAUAGAUUUUUUGAGGUACACACACGCCCGAAAAGGCGUAAGCGGCCAGAUAUUUUUUAUUACAGAGCAGUUUUUGCGAAAACUCUUCAUGCCAGAGUUCACCAAAAAAGUGGCAUUUUUUCCAACUUUUGACCCAAAAAUCUCGGUCGUUUCUGACGGCUAACUGUAAGACCAAAGCCACGGCAAGGCUCGAAAAAAUUAUUAUUUUGCGCUGCGACUAGGCAUGGCUCUCGGGCCGGCCCGGGCCGAAAAUCGCGGCCCGCGGGCCGGGAGAGGUCGGCCCGGCCCGUUUCAAUUUUUCUUCGGCCCGGCCCGGCUCAGCCCGCGGCCCGAAAAUUAACAAACAAUAAAAAACCUUCCUUCACUAUCAGAUGUGACAUAUUUUUCUUUAUUACAACGACUAACAAAUAAAUUUUUAAAGCAAAAAAUUACUAACAAACGCAUUGCCUUUUUUGCCGGGCCGAAAAUUGCGGCCCGGCCUGUUUCAAUUUUGUUUCGGCCCGGCCCGAACACCGGCCGGCCCAGCCCGGCAGCCAAGUCUAGCUGCGACCAGUUUCGUCUCCUCUUGAAAGUGUGCUGAAACCUUGGCGAAGGCAGGCCGGGACGAGGCUCGUUAUAUAACGAAUGAAAUUUACGGUAGUUACGCAGAUUUUUCAAGGCUUGUUUUCCGAGUUGCGCCAUACCAUUUUAGCGGGUUUUCUUUCACAUUGGCCCAUCUUUUUCAUUCUCUAUAGUGCAGAGAAUGAAGAGUGAACUUUUUAAAUUAUUGCGUUGGAGAAUUUUAAUGCCCUUUCUGUUUCAGAAAAACGAUUGACAUUGAGUUGACAGACGGUACAGUCGACGGCGCUAAUGUGCAGAUGGUAGCGAAAGGAGAGGAUAUUGCACUCGGUGGAGAAGUCAGGACUAAAAAUAGAAACGGAUUACCUAUGUAAGUUCGUCUUAAUUUAUAUGUUACGUAUUUCAGUAAUUGCCCCGCUGCCGGCAACACAGAUAAAAUCCGCGCUGUUACCAGAAGAGUAUUAUGCUAUCCCGAGUUUGAGGUUUACCGAGUCCAGGACAAGCUCUACGGGAUUGCAAGUGCGGCUGCGAGGGAAACUUUCAUCUUUGGUCUCGAUGGAAACGAGAUCGAGAGUGCUAGAAUACCCGUAGUGGUGGACGAUAAAUUGGGAGUGAAUCAAGUCAAUGGGACCUAUGUGUACAAAGACGGCGAUGGGAAGUGUCAGGAAGUCACCGUCGGUCCUCUGAGUCCUCCCUGGAAAUCCAAACCAUGCGCCGGCGGUAAUAUUACUCUGGUCGCCAACGAAAAUUCGGAAUGGUAUCAUGUUGUAAGUUUUGGUGAAACAGUCGUUUUUCUCAUGUCCAAAUUUUAGCAGUACCUCGAAGUCGUCCACAACUGCUUGAACUCGACCAUUCCCGGCGACAAGCUCAAGAAAGCCUAUGUUCGCUUCUUCUCUGACGGUUCCAGUGAUAUGUAGGUUGAAUGUGCAUUGUUUUGAUCGGUUUUUAGGGACUACUCAGAGGCCGUCCUUUGGACGUCGAGGCGGUUGACCCACAUAGGAAUCUUCAACGGGGUUUUCAUCCUUUUGAUCCUUAUUGGUCUUUCCGUGGUUUGCUUUGUAAGUUGUGGGAUUUGUGGGGUUAUUUCCGAACGGUCGGCCAAAUUGGUGCCAACGACCAGACAAAUUGGUCGUUUUUCUGGCCAAAUCUACCCAAAAAUACAUCAUUGCGAGGUGUUCGAAAUAAAUUUGUAUUUGUUUUAGUCGGAGCGUAAGGCAAUUGCGGGCUGUUUGAGAAAGAGAAAGAAGCGAGGAAAGGGACCCGAGGACGGACGAGAACACCAAAACGGAGGUGUUGAAGGUUGA